AUGGUGCACAUAGCCAGGCCAUUGCUGCUGCUCCUUGCCUUCUUCCUCCACGCGGAUGCUGAGACACCUCCAAGAUUUACGCGAACUCCCGUUGACCAGACAGGGGUCUCUGGCGGAGUCGCCUCCUUCAUUUGCCAAGCUACAGGAGACCCAAGACCUAAAAUUGUCUGGAACAAAAAAGGAAAGAAAGUCAGCAAUCAGAGAUUUGAGGUAAUAGAGUUUGACGAUGGAUCUGGAUCAGUGCUCAGAAUACAGCCCUUACGGACUCCACGUGACGAGGCCAUUUAUGAAUGUGUGGCCUCGAAUAACGUGGGAGAAAUCAGUGUGUCCACCAGACUCACAGUUUUACGUGAGGAUCAAAUUCCCCGGGGCUUCCCUACUAUUGAUAUGGGCCCACAGCUGAAGGUGGUUGAGCGUACACGCACCGCCACCAUGCUUUGUGCAGCCAGUGGGAAUCCGGAUCCAGAAAUCACUUGGUUCAAAGAUUUCUUACCCGUCGACACAAGCAACAACAAUGGCCGUAUUAAGCAGUUACGAUCAGAAUCUAUUGGUGGUACACCAAUAAGAGGAGCCCUUCAGAUCGAACAGAGCGAAGAAUCUGACCAAGGAAAAUAUGAGUGUGUUGCUACCAACAGCGCGGGCACUCGCUAUUCUGCCCCUGCCAAUUUAUAUGUCAGAGAGCUGCGAGAAGUUCGCCGUGUCCCACCAAGAUUCUCUAUCCCACCCACUAAUCAUGAGAUCAUGCCAGGUGGAAGUGUUAAUAUCACCUGUGUGGCUGUGGGGUCACCAAUGCCUUAUGUGAAGUGGAUGUUGGGGGCAGAAGAUCUGACACCUGAAGAUGAUAUGCCAAUAGGAAGAAAUGUCCUGGAACUGAAUGAUGUAAGACAGUCAGCAAAUUACACCUGUGUUGCUAUGUCAACACUGGGUGUCAUUGAAGCAAUAGCACAGAUCACUGUCAAAGCCUUACCCAAACCUCCAGGAACGCCUGUCGUGACUGAGAGCACAGCUACAAGCAUCACGCUGACAUGGGACUCUGGGAACCCCGAGCCAGUCUCCUACUACAUCAUCCAGCAUAAACCCAAAAAUGCUGAGGAACCUUACAAAGAAAUUGAUGGAGUGGCAACGACACGCUACAGUGUCGCCGGACUAAGCCCCUACUCGGAUUAUGAGUUCAGGGUCGUCGCUGUCAAUAACAUUGGGCGGGGGCCUCCCAGCGAGCCCGUGCUGACGCAGACCUCAGAGCAAGCACCGUCCAGCGCCCCGCGGGAUGUCCAGGCACGGAUGUUGAGUUCAACCACCAUUCUGGUACAGUGGAAGGAGCCUGAAGAACCAAAUGGACAGAUUCAAGGAUACAGAGUUUAUUAUACAAUGGAUCCCACUCAGCAUGUCAACAACUGGAUGAAACACAAUGUAGCUGACAGCCAAAUCACGACUAUAGGCAACUUAGUGCCCCAGAAAAUGUAUUCUGUCAAAGUUCUGGCUUUUACCUCAAUUGGAGAUGGUCCUCUUUCAAGUGACAUUCAAGUCAUUACUCAGACAGGAGUCCCAGGGCAGCCACUAAAUUUCAAGGCAGAACCUGAAUCCGAAACAAGUAUUUUGCUCUCUUGGACACCUCCACGUUCAGACACCAUCGCCAACUAUGAACUGGUCUACAAAGAUGGGGAGCAUGGAGAGGAGCAACGGAUCACCAUUGAGCCAGGGACAUCUUACAGACUUCAAGGACUGAGACCAAACAGCUUGUACUACUUCCGUCUGGCGGCACGCUCUCCCCAAGGCCUGGGUGCUUCCACAGCUGAAAUAUCAGCCAGAACCAUGCAGUCAAAGCCGUCAGCUCCUCCUCAAGACAUUAGUUGCACCAGUCCAAGUUCCACUAGUAUUUUGGUAAGUUGGCAACCUCCACCAGUGGACAAACAGAAUGGCAUUAUUACUGAAUACUCCAUCAAGUAUACCGCAGUGGACGGAGAAGAUGACAAACCUCACGAGAUUUUGGGAAUCCCUUCGGACACUACCAAAUACCUUUUGGAACAGCUGGAAAAAUGGACUGAAUACCGGAUCACUGUGACAGCCCACACCGACGUCGGCCCUGGCCCUGCGAGCUUGUCCGUGUUGAUUCGAACCGAUGAAGAUGUUCCUAGUGGUCCUCCUCGCAAAGUCGAGGUAGAGGCUGUCAACUCAACAUCUGUUAAAAUCUCAUGGCGCUCACCUGUGCCCAAUAAACAGCAUGGCCAGAUAAGAGGAUACCAGGUGCAUUAUGUGAGGAUGGAAAAUGGUGAGCCCAAGGGCCAGCCCAUGCUGAAGGAUGUCAUGCUGGCUGAUGCACAGUGGGAAUUUGAUGAUACUACUGAACAUGACAUGAUUAUUUCUGGGCUACAGCCUGAAACUUCCUACUCCCUCACUGUCACAGCUUACACCACUAAAGGAGACGGAGCUCGCAGCAAACCCAAGCUGGUGUCCACCACAGGGGCAGUUCCAGGGAGACCCCGGCUCGUGAUUAACCACACUCAGAUGAAUACAGCCCUCAUUCAGUGGCACCCCCCUGUGGACACAUUUGGACCCCUCCAGGGCUACCGUCUAAAAUUUGGCCGAAAGGAUGUGGAACCGCUUACUACUCUUGAGUUCUCCGAAAAGGAAGAUCACUUCACAGCGACAGACAUCCACAAAGGAGCAUCGUACAUCUUCAGGCUCUCGGCCAGAAACAAAGUGGGCUUUGGGGAGGAGAUGGUGAAGGAGAUUUCCGUUCCAGAAGAAGUUCCAACUGGAUUCCCUCAAAACCUCCAGUCGGAAGGCACCACAGCAACCUCCACCCAGUUAUCUUGGCAGCCACCUGUCCUGGCCGAGAGAAAUGGCAUUAUCACCAAGUACACCCUUCUGUAUAGGGAUAUCAACAUCCCUCUUCUUCCAGUGGAGCAGCUUAUUGUUCCAGCUGACACCACUCUGACACUCAGUGGCUUAAAACCAGAUACCACAUAUGAUGUAAAAGUACGUGCUCACACGAGCAAAGGGCCCGGGCCAUAUAGUCCCAGUGUCCAGUUCAGGACACUGCCUGUGAAUCAAGCAGUGUUUGCAAAAAAUUUUCAUGUCAAAGCAGUAAUGAAGACUUCGGUGCUGCUGUCUUGGGAGAUUCCAGAGAAUUAUAAUUCUGCCAUGCCUUUCAAAAUUCUUUAUGAUGACGGGAAAAUGGUAGAAGAGGUGGAUGGCCGUGCCACCCAGAAGCUCAUUGUCCACCUGAAGCCUGAGAAGUCCUAUUCCUUUGUGCUGACGAAUCGUGGCAACAGCGCCGGGGGGCUGCAGCACAGGGUGACGGCUAAGACCGCACCCGACGUUCUCCGCACCAAGCCUGCCUUCAUCGGGAAGACUAACUUGGAUGGCAUGAUUACCGUGCAACUGCCCGAAGUACCUGCAAAUGAGAACAUAAAAGGUUACUACAUAAUAAUUGUGCCUUUGAAGAAAUCUCGUGGGAAAUUUAUCAAGCCAUGGGAGAGUCCAGAUGAAAUGGAAUUAGAUGAGUUGCUUAAAGAGAUAUCUAGGAAACGCAGAAGCCUCCGUCAUGGAAGAGAAGUUGAAUUAAAGCCAUAUAUUGCCGCUCAUUUUGAUGUCCUUCCCACCGAGUUCACCCUGGGGGAUGACAAACAUUAUGGUGGAUUUACAAACAAGCAGCUCCAAAGUGGUCAAGAGUAUGUCUUCUUUGUGUUAGCAGUGAUGGAACACGCAGAGUCUAAGAUGUAUGCAACCAGCCCUUACUCCGAUCCGGUUGUGUCGAUGGAUCUGGACCCACAGCCCAUCACAGAUGAAGAGGAAGGCUUGAUCUGGGUUGUGGGUCCCGUGCUCGCGGUGGUCUUCAUCAUCUGCAUUGUCAUCGCUAUUCUUCUUUAUAAAAGUAAACCUGACAGGAAGAGGGCAGAAUCUGACUCUAGAAAGAGCAGCAUACCAAACAGUAAGGAGGUCCCUUCACACCAUCCAACAGACCCAGUAGAACUGAGGCGCCUUAAUUUCCAAACACCAGGUUCAGAUGAUUCCGGUUACCCUGGUAACCUUCAUUCUUCAAGUAUGGCUAGCCAUCCUCCAAUACCUAUCUUGGAACUUGCAGAUCACAUUGAAAGGUUGAAAGCAAAUGACAACUUGAAGUUUUCCCAGGAAUAUGAGUCGAUUGACCCUGGCCAGCAGUUCACAUGGGAGCAUUCAAACUUGGAAGUAAACAAACCAAAGAAUAGAUAUGCAAAUGUAAUCGCUUAUGAUCAUUCCCGAGUUCUCCUAUCAGCAAUAGAAGGUAUCCCAGGAAGUGACUAUGUGAAUGCCAAUUACAUAGACGGCUACAGGAAACAAAAUGCCUAUAUCGCAACACAGGGAUCUCUACCGGAAACAUUCGGGGACUUCUGGAGAAUGAUAUGGGAACAGCGGAGUGCCACAGUUGUUAUGAUGACAAAACUAGAAGAGCGGUCCAGGGUGAAGUGUGACCAGUAUUGGCCCAGCAGAGGCACAGAAACCCAUGGGCUGGUCCAGGUGACCCUGCUAGACACAGUGGAGCUGGCCACGUAUUGUGUUCGAACAUUUGCACUUUACAAGAAUGGUUCAAGUGAGAAGAGAGAAGUAAGACAAUUCCAGUUCACUGCCUGGCCUGAUCAUGGUGUUCCAGAACACCCAACACCUUUUCUAGCUUUCUUACGGAGAGUCAAAACCUGUAACCCUCCUGAUGCAGGUCCGAUGGUUGUACACUGCAGCGCGGGAGUUGGCCGGACUGGGUGUUUCAUUGUAAUAGAUGCCAUGUUAGAAAGAAUAAAGCAUGAAAAAACUGUAGAUAUUUAUGGCCAUGUAACUUUAAUGAGAGCCCAGAGGAAUUACAUGGUUCAAACAGAAGACCAAUACAUCUUUAUCCAUGAUGCACUGUUGGAGGCAGUGACUUGUGGAAAUACCGAAGUGCCAGCUAGAAACUUGUAUGCCUACAUUCAGAAGCUGACACAAAUAGAAACAGGAGAGAAUGUCACAGGAAUGGAGCUCGAAUUUAAGCGUCUAGCCAGCUCUAAAGCUCACACCUCAAGAUUCAUCAGUGCCAAUCUUCCAUGUAAUAAAUUCAAAAAUCGCCUUGUUAAUAUUAUGCCAUAUGAAUCCACAAGGGUGUGCCUGCAGCCUAUCCGAGGUGUAGAAGGAUCUGAUUACAUCAAUGCCAGUUUUAUUGAUGGAUACAGACAACAGAAAGCUUACAUCGCUACCCAGGGGCCCUUGGCAGAGACCACUGAAGACUUCUGGCGGAUGCUCUGGGAACACAACUCCACCAUUGUCGUGAUGCUCACCAAGCUGCGUGAGAUGGGUAGAGAGAAAUGUCACCAGUACUGGCCAGCAGAACGAUCUGCAAGAUACCAGUACUUUGUUGUUGAUCCCAUGGCUGAGUACAACAUGCCACAAUAUAUCCUAAGAGAAUUCAAGGUCACAGAUGCCAGGGACGGGCAGUCCCGAACCGUGAGGCAGUUCCAGUUCACCGACUGGCCAGAGCAGGGAGUGCCAAAGUCUGGAGAAGGAUUUAUUGACUUCAUUGGCCAAGUCCAUAAAACAAAAGAGCAGUUUGGCCAAGAUGGACCCAUUUCAGUCCAUUGCAGUGCGGGCGUUGGAAGAACUGGAGUCUUCAUAACACUAAGCAUUGUUUUGGAAAGAAUGAGAUAUGAAGGAGUAGUAGAUAUCUUCCAGACUGUCAAAAUGUUAAGAACACAACGACCAGCCAUGGUGCAGACAGAGGAUCAGUAUCAGUUCUGCUAUCGAGCCGCACUAGAGUACCUGGGCAGCUUCGAUCACUAUGCAACGUAG